UCAGUUGUGUUGUAUAUUUCUUUAGUAGACAGAGCGAGCGCUGAAGCACGUGGACCAGCAAUGGUUCUGAAAAACAGAGUCGUUUUUUAUUCUUUUCUUGUGUGCUGUAGUUUGAUAAGACCUUCAUCCGUGGACGCCUUAAGAAGAACAAGACGAGACGAUUUAAAGAAUGAGCAUUACACGUGUUCCCACCAGGGAAAGCUCGACAAGAAUCACCCUACAGGGGCUCCAACCAUCACAACAGAUUGCAACAGCUUCAUGGAAUAUUAUAUUGACGAUAACGUCUACGUCACAUGCCAAGUCAAGUCGAACCCAGUAGCUAAGAUCACGUGGCUCUUCAACGGAAAACCGGCACAGCACAAGUUAGACAUUACCAGUUGUUCACAGAAACUUCAUAUUCCUUAUGCAGAGGUCGCCCACAGUGGUGCGUACACUUGUAUAGCUUCCAAUCGAUAUGGGACGGUCAACGAGACAUGUCAGGUGACUAUACAAGCUCGCAAGCGCACGUUUUUCAUUAUCAACAAGGGAAUCCUUAUCAAUGGUGACCCCAGAUCAAGCAAAGCUGUCAUCGGAUCCCCGCUAAACAUGACAUGCGAAAUUUACAAUGCUCACUAUGUUUACUGGACAAAAAACGGCGUCCAUUUCCCUCCUUCCAGACCUCUGAAUUCCCGGAAUUCGAACCUAAGAAUUUCGAAGUACAAGAAACAAAUGGGACAGACAAUGUUUAUACUGCAUCUUGUGUUCGCGCGUGUCGUGGAGGAAGACAGAGGGAAUUACUCGUGCGCUGGAAGAGAUAAUUUAAUCGGAGACACCGUCCACAGCUACAAAUACCUUGAACCAAUUUUCGCUCCACUUCCUGCAGGAAGACAAGCAAGUUCUUCACCAUCGAUGUCAGCUCUGCCAUCUGCAGUGUACUUGGUACUAGCUCACCUUGUACUCCACUUGUCUAAUUUUCCCGCCAAAACACAGGCGUACGCGUUUCAUGUUUAGAGUUUCCCGCCAUAUCCACAGGAAUCCCGCAUGAAUUAACGAAACUUCGGUACCGAGAUACAAGGUUUAAAACAUUAACUUAUAAUCAUAUCCAUAUCAUAUUCUAGUGCAAAGUGAUCAGAUUUUAGUCAGCGGAAACGAUUAACAUAAAAAUCAAAAUGGCGGACAAAAAUAUUCUUGAUCAGUAAAAAUUCUCGAUUUGAUUGUUGACCAGUUUUAAUCUUAAUAGACAUUUUGUAAUACUCUACUGUCAAGUUCUCUCUUACUCAGGGUUAGCCUCGAUUUUGUGCAGAAUAUUUAUGUGUUAUGUGAAGGUCCAUAAAUUUCAAAGUGUUUGUAUAUUUGUUGAAGUUGUGCAUCCUUUACUUUACCGUUGGUAUUUGUGAAUAUUUAGACCCUAAUUCGAGGCUAAUCCUGUGUAAAUGAGUCUGUAAUCAAGGAACACAGAAAUUUGGAAUAAUUGAGAGUAAAAUAAUAUUUCAAGAAAAAAUUAUUGACGUCAUCUUUUGCGUUGUUUUUCUGUGUGUGUGUGUGUGGUUUUUUUUACCAUUAAGUGGUUUGUGAGCCCUGUACGUAAGUCACAAAAGAAAAUAUUUUCCGUCUCCAAGGUAACUAUUACCAUGGCAUACUGGAAAGAAUGGUUGCCAGGCUAACUCAUUACUCAUUCACAGCAAUUGCUACUAUG